AAUUUAACAUUUUUUUUUCUCUCUAAAAAAGUGAAUAUCGAAACUUGAAAUUGAAUAUCAAAAAGGUGAAAGUGAUGUGUGUUAUGUGAACAAGUGUUACUUGAGUGUUGUUGUUGUUGUUUUUCCCCCCGUAUUUAAAAUGUGUGCAAUAUGGAGGAUUUUGGGAUUUUUGGCAAUUGUUCAAGUGGAAUUAACGAGAGGUCAAUUGGAUUUGAACUCGACGGAAUUGCCAACGAUUUAUUAUACGGAGCCAAAUUAUGGAAGUUCAAGUUCAGACGAGGGGAAUAUUUACAAAACUUAUACGGAAUUCCCGGGUGGACAAAUCACGAGAGGUCAAAGGAUAUUGGAGAGAAGCAAGAGUCCUUACUUGUUGAGAGAGGAUCUUUAUGUCGAACGUGGUGGAGAACUAGUUAUAGAACCGGGAGUUGAAAUCCGGUUCGCCCCCAUGAUCGGGAUCACUGUUCGCGGCAUCCUGACUGCCAAGGGUGAACCGGAGGAGGGGAUUGUGUUGACGUCGGAGUCUCCGUCCGGUCAACCGGAGUCGAGAUCGAUUCGUCUCGUCGAUGGACCAACUCCAUAUCAAGGCCGAUUACAAAUUCUACAUCGUGGGGAAUGGAGAGCUGUUUGCACCAAUUCUAGAAAUUGGACAAGAGCGGAUUUUGAGACUGCCUGUAGAGAAUUAGGAUUGCAAGGUGGACAAUGGUGGGGUUGGGUAGACAGACAAUGGCCAGCGAAACCUCGAUUAUUAUACGAACAACCGCAAUGUCGAGGAACCGAACCAAAUUUACAGCAAUGCGAUCGCUGGCCGAGUAGACAGCUUGGUUCCGGAGUCUGUGAUUAUCAUCCCGAUUUGGGAAUAGCGUGCUUACCCCACCAUGAUGGAGCCACACGGGCAAUUAAACACUGGCGGGGUAUUAGAUUUGAAGGUGCACUUUUUGAUAAGCCUCUCAUUCAGGAAAACACCCUUUAUGUCCGCAGAUCAAAAUCUAUUUUGCGUUAUGUCAAUAUUAGUUACGCAGGAACAGGACGUGAAAUCAACGUUACCUCUGCCCUACAUGUGGAAGGUGUGCCACCACAAAUGGAAUCAAUCACCAUCGUUAAUUCGGCCUUCAAUGGAAUCAACAUCACCACUCCUGAGGCUCCAGUUAUCAUUAAAAACUGCACCAUCCAAGGCAACAGAGGUUACGGAAUAUACGUGAACAGUUCCUCUGGAUUGGCGCACAUUGACAAUUGUGCAAUAUUAGAUAAUGGAGCCGAUGGAAUAAAAUACGUCCAUCAUGACGAACGACCCAGUGAUCGACCAGACCGGGCGGAUAUUUAUAAUCUCUGCUCAUUUCCAUCAACGACAAGUCACACAUUUCCCAUAACAAUAUCAAUGGAACAAAGUGAAUUUGCCAUAACACCGCAAAAUUGUCCACUCCACAUCUACACAAGACCCGGUCACGUGCUCACUUUACAUUUCAUUGAAAUGAAAACAAACAGAAAUGACAGUGCAAUAAUAGAGGUUUACGACGGCAGCAGUAUUGGUGAGAAAUUAUUAGCUCACGUUAACGUUAGAAAUGGAACACUACCACAGAGUGUAACGACAACAAGAAGAAAUUUAUAUUUAAAAUUCAGCGUUCAACCAUUCACGGAAAUGAUCGCAUUCAUACGUUUGACUUCCGCCUAUAAAAAGAGUUACGAUCUCUCAAUAACCGGAAGUACAAUUGCCGACAAUAAUGGAAGGGGUGUAGCUGCGGAGAAAUUACGUUCGGCUCUCUACAUUCACGAUACAUCCGUAUCGAACAAUAAUCACAUUGCCGGUGUUCAUGUUUUUGAAGGUGCUCUAGACGUGAAUAUCACCGAGAGUCGAAUCGCCUUUAAUCGUGGCGAUGGUAUUAAUAUCACUCUUGUUGGUGGUAAUCGAAAUAUAUCCCACACAAGUAUAUCAUCGAACUGGGGUUACGGUCUCGCUGUCUGGUUGAAUGAUUCCCAAGCGACGAAUUAUUUGAAUUUUAACCAAAGUACGAUUGUCGAGUAUUCCGAGAUUUUUCGCAAUAGAGAUGUGGGAAUUUUGGUUGGGAAUUCGACGGGAAAUUCGUAUGUGAACGUAACUGGGAAUUGGUUCAACAGUAGUCGGGAGACUGCGGUACAGAUUGAAUCCAGUUGGAGGGAGAAUCAAGGUCUGAUGAUGGUACAAAUUGGCCAUAAUACUUUUAUCCAGAAUUUAAGAGUCGGAAUUAAGUUACAACCGGCUUUGAAUCUAAAGGGUCGGAUCGAGUUCAAUCACUUUGAGGAGAAUCGGUUUGGGUGUAUUUUGGUGAAGAAUCCCCCACGUGAGGAGUUUGAUAUUCUACCGACGGAUAUUUUGAUUCAACAUAACGAAUUCUAUGAUAACCGGGGUGUUUAUGUGGUGAAUUUGGGAUUGUCCCCGUAUAGCGAUCGGCAGAAUUUGUUAUUCACGAGGAACUUUCUGAAGAGGAAUAGUGUCAAGGAGCCUUUCGACAAUAGUGACAUACAGGGUUCGAGAUUGGUGCCAAGAUCACGUGUUUCGGCCGUGGUUGUGGUGUCAUCGAGUAAUGUGCAUAUUUUCCGGAAUAUCUUGCAGAAUACCGAGUCUGGGUACGAAAUUGGCUCGCACUUUGAAGAUCAGAGUAAGGUUAUUAAUUGUACGCUGAAUUGGCUGGGAUCGGAGAAUGAACGAGUGAUAUUCGAUCGAUUAUUCCACCGGAAGGAUCGGUAUAAUUUGGCUAAAAUUCAGUACCUACCGUACCUUUUGCAUGGCAGUAAUCCGGCGGGGAAGAUAAUUAUGUCGAUACCUACGUUUGUGGCUCAAUUUCUGUCGGGGGAUUCGAAAAUUGUGGGGGGAGAGGUCGAUGGACUGGAGACGUUGCGAGCUGGGGAGUAUAUUGUGCAACGGGAUAUUAAUGUGAGACCUGGGGGACGAUUGGUGAUACAACCGGGAGUGACGCUUCGAUUUCCACCGGCUGUUGGUAUGAUGGUGGCGGGGAGUUUGUACGCCCGUGGCAAAGGUCCGAGUGAUAUUCAGCUGACAUUGAAGGAGGAAAUCGUUAUCGAACAAGUGCCGGACAAUGAAACCAUAGCUGACGCUAUGACUUUCGAUGUGUCAAGAACGAUUCCCGUGAGACUCCUCGGAGGGAGAACGAAUCUCGAGGGUAGACUGCAGGUGAGAAUUGGAGAGAAAUGGGGAACUGUUUGUAAUUACGGUUGGACGAUUCGAGACGCGGCGUUGGUUUGUCAUCAGCUUGGUCUGACGUUGGAUCCGGAUGAUUGGCUUUUGGAAAGAUCUCAGAUACCGAGCGCGGGAACUAAUGAGAACAUUAUUUUGAGUAAUGUUCAAUGCACGGAGGACGAUAUCGACAUAACGAAAUGUCGAGCCGAGAGUGAGGAGGAAUUUGAAAAUUCGUGUACGCACGAAAAUGAUGUUGGCGUGAGAUGUUCGGAGGCAGCUUGGGCGGGAUUGAGAAUCGGACCAUUAGCGAGGAGGAGUGAUUUGCAGUAUAUAACGAUUGAGAAAGCUGGUCUUCUCGAUUACGCGACGAAUGCGUUCAAACCGGCGUUGCAAAUUGAUUUCGCUCGUCAUUCACUGGAGAGUGUGAAAGUGGUGAACAAUCUACAGGAUGGAUUGGGAAUACUCUACUCGGAUAUUUAUUCGGCAGACGCGGUGAAUACGGCGCAGAACAGUGACUUCUCCAAUAAUCGUGGUAAUGGCAUAAGUUUCAAGCAAUUGGGUCUACAGAUAUCAAAUUCGAGAAUCGAGAAUAAUAAAAUGGCUGGCAUUCGUCACAAUCCUGCGCUCUCUGCACAUCAGCAGAGGGAAUUUGCAGGAUGGUUUACGCAAUCAUCGGAAGUUGCUGCGGAGAAUUACAAUCCGAUUGUCCUGCCGGAGAACGAUGGAAAUAUCGAAUUGUCAAUGGGACAGGAGACAAAGUAUCUAAUCACGUCGAAAGUCCAAGGACGAGUGGUGAAGAAAAUUAUCAAUAUCAGUUGUACCCCGGGUUAUGUUAUUGGAAUACAAUUGUUAAAUCCUAUUCACAAUCGGAGUAGCGAGGAGAUUAUUAUCCACGACGCGCACAAUAUUAAUAACAAGGGGAAUUCGUGGAUUCUAAAGAGAGAUUUGUCCGUGUUUCCAGUGACGUCGAGUUCGUUUGUCGUUGUCUUGGAAUAUAACAGUGGAACAUCGGCUCUUGGUGGUGCGGUAAUGGUUCUAACUGCCCUUUCCGCACCGAUUCAAGACAUCCACAAUCGAAUAGUGAAAGGACCGAUCCCAACUCUCAAAGUAAUAAAAAGCCGAAUACGAGGCAAUCAACACGGAAUUUUGGCUUCAUAUUACAAUCUCUAUCUUGACGAUCGUGGAAAUCACAAUCUCCGAAAAGCGAACGAAACAAUCCAAUUAGUUGGUUGUGAAAUUUCCCACAACACAAAGGAGGCGAUUUUUGUCCACUCACCCCAUUGGAACGUUUUCCAGUCAAAUUUAUCAGAAAUUUCGAUACACGUUAAUAAUUCAUUAAUUACCGAUAAUGGAAGGGGAAUUUUGCAGUACAGUCGCGAUAUGCGACAUUCGAAUAAUCUAUUCCAUUGGAUUUUACAAGACAGUACAAUUGAGAGAAAUCACGGUGGUGGUUUUCAAGUUGCACUUCCCUACGUUUGGCAGUAUAACGAAAAUUUUACACAUUCGUUGUAUUUUGAUAAUAAUACUUGGCAGAAUAAUGAACAAUUUGCCUUUGUUGUCGAUGGGCAUUUUGCUAAUUUAAACAUGACAAAUAAUCAAUUUGAAAAUAAUAAUUGUAAAACGGGUUUAAUAUCGAUUCGCGGUAUGGAGAAGAAAAUGCAAAUUGAACGCAAUCGUAUUAAUAGAAAUCAUGGACGUUUCAUGGUUGAAUUUAAGGCGGACAGUCAAUCGGAAAUAAUGGGUGAAGUUUAUGCCAAAUUUCUACUCAACGAUGUGAAAUUUAAUAAUUAUCAAUUGAUUAAUAGAAGUAAUCAUCAAAUGUUCAAUGAUCCAAGUUACGUUAUUGGCUUUCAUGGAAUACAAAAGGUGCAAAUUAAUCGCAAUCUCUUUGGCGAUAAUCAACUUGAUUAUGAACUUUUGGCCGGUGUUAAGACGGCGAAAAUUGAUAAUGUCGUUGAUGUAACUGAAAAUUGGUGGGGAACUUACAAUGACGUUCAGAUCAGACAAAAAAUAUUUGACUUCAACGAUUGGAAUGAUCACGCAAUUGCUGAUUUUCGACCGUAUUUAACGGGCAAUUCGUUGGACUCUGCAAUAUCGGCGUCCUGGGAUCAAGCGACGAAAAUUGACUUGGAAAAUCUCGGUGGCCAAAUCAGAGAGACAAUUUCAAUUCACGCAAAAUCAACGCCCUAUGUAAUUAAAACUGACAUAACAGUAAUGCCUGGUGCGACUCUGUUCAUUUAUCCAGGCGUUGUAAUGGAGUUUGCUCCAAAUGUUGGAAUUUUAGUACUGGGCACGAUUCAAGCAUUGGGAACGGCUGGAAAUGAAAUUGUAAUGAGACCAUGGAUUGAGGAUAACUCGCAAAUCGCUAAAUCGUAUUUCAAACGCAGUAUUUCUAAUGUGCCUUUGGAAACGAUUCGACUUUGCAAGGAAGGGAAUUGCACUUCGCAGACUAAUGAAGGCUUUCUCGAAUUCUUCAAUCGCACAACGCUUCAAUGGAUUCCUCUCUGCGAUUAUAAAUUCACCGAGAGAAAUGCUCAAGUCGCGUGUCAACAACUUGGUCACGAUCCGAUGAAUGUAUUUGUCUCAAGGGAUCGACGUUAUGAACUUCAUCCUGGAUCUUUGACUCGCAUUUGGUCUUGGCCAGAACCUUUACAGUGUACAGGAAGUGAGGAGAGAUUGGAAGACUGUGAAAUAAGACUGAAUGGACAAUUAUUUGGCCAAAAGUACGAAUGUCCCUGGGAUGGUGAAUUUGUUUUUAUUCAUUGUGGAAAAAGAAAUUUGGAAUCGUCCGAAAAUUAUUGGGGCGGUAUUAGAAUUGCCAAUAGUGAAUUUGAACAUCAUCUUUAUGAGCAUCGAAUUCAUGAUGUCCUUACACACGAGACAGUGCCAAGAGUUGAAUCGAUCCUUAAAUAUGUCAAUAUAACAGGAGCUGGAAUUUUACACAAUGAAAAAUCAGCGGCCAUUCAAUCGAUUAUGAAAUCGCCAGUUGUCACACAUGUCAGCAUUACAAAAUGCGCUUAUCAUGGUAUCAACAUGAUCUCUCCAACUCAUACGGUUCAAUUGUUAUUUAAUCAGAUCGAUAACGUAUUGGGAAAUGGAAUUAAUAUUUUGUCCAUAACCGGAGAAGGACGAGAAGCUGAAGAAAGUUCGUUCACUCCAAUCAAGGAUCUAAAUAUUCCAUAUCAUUUAUUUAGCAUGGUGGAUAUUUGCGAUACAACAAAGGAAAUUACAAUUGAAGAGAGAAUUUUAGUUUAUCACAAGUAUGAUAAUUAUCCUGUGAAUUGUGUGAAAAUUUUCCGCAGUGCCUACAGAGCAAAACCAUUUGGUUUUAGACUGUUGCAGUUUAAUUUGUUUAAUUCGACGGGAAAACCGGGACGACCGGACAGCAUUUCCUUGUACGACGGUGACAUUUACAAUAUAACAACGGAGAAAAUCGCCGAAUUGGAAGUGAAUGGUCGUCAUGAGAAAUCACUAUUCAGAACACGUGGUCCUAGUUUAAGUGUAAAACUAUUUGCAAACGGUGCCAGUAAUGUUCAUGGUUUCAUCGCAGAAAUUGUCACACUACCAAUAUCGGCGAUUGGCUUUAAUCGCGACGUACAACACAAUGUUUCCUAUUCGUCAAUGACAAAUUGUCGCGAAGGCGCAUUAAAAUACGCGAGUGCAGGUGAAGUUAAUGCAAUAAUAACAGUGGAACGCAAUCAAUUUGUGAAUAAUUGCGCAAAACAUUUCGGCAAUUUUACAACAUGCAAGGCAUCAAUUUGGCUCGAUAUACAGAAUACGCAGUCACUCUAUUUUCGUAAUAAUUUAGUGAGACGUAAUCAAGGCGGCCUAUUGGUGCGUGCCGAUUCACGUGGAUCGGCAACAUCACUUAAAGGCUGGAUUCACAAUAAUUUAUUUGCCGAAAAUUACAAUAAACCUGCGCUCUAUAUUGAGGGACGACAGAGUAGUCCCUAUCAGGAGGUGACGAUAUUUAGAAAUUAUUUCACGAAAAAUAAUGCUUCCUUUGAGAAUAAUGUUGUAUUGAAACAAGUCGUGAGCAAUAUGACUUUAAAUUAUUUACACGGAAAUCUCGGAAAGCAUUUGCUGGAAAUUUCCGGAUUCGAGAGAGUUCGACUGCCGAUCUAUCAAAGUACUUCGCAUAAUGGAUUCUAUAAGAAUUAUGCCGUCGAUAGAGAAGGUCGGAGUACGAUUGUUGCGGGAACUCCGGGUCAGCAAUACGUGGAUAAUGUUUUCUUUAAUCCUGACAAUGACUACGAAAUGUUGACAAUUAAUCGAUCGCUUCAACUGGAAAUGUGGAGGUCCCACGUGGACGCGAGACACAACUGGUGGGGUUACAAUGAAACUGUAGCUGUCGCCGGAAGAAUUCGUGAUCGUGGUGAUUCUCCAGAAUUAUUGCAAGUCGAUUAUCAACCAUUUCAUAUGAACAAUCAGACUGUCUUAAAUGGAAAAUGCCCACCUGGCUGGGAUAUCGUUGGUGACACAUGUUACUUUUAUAUUGGCGCACCAAUGGACUUUUUCAGCGCUCGUGAAUUUUGUCGAUCGGCAAACGCAUCAAUGCCUUUUAUUAUGGGCAAUUAUCAUGAACUGUGGAACUUUUUGAGAAAGCAGCAAGAACGUUUUGACUAUUCAGAACGAGUUUGGGUUCAACAAUUGGAACGCGUUGAUCAAUGCACAAUGUUCACUUAUCAAACAAUUGAAGUCGAUAUUUGUGCUCAACCGAAUCCUUUUAUUUGUGAAAUUGAUCCAAGAGUCUCAAUUGAUCCACUUUCCUGGAGGAGGGACAUUGUUGCAAUUGGAGUUUUGGGGGCUGUGGGCUUUUCACUCGCUCUUUUGGCAGCCGUUAUUGCCUUUUGGGUUUCGAAGUCGAAAAAUCGAAAAUUGGAACGUUUGGAGAGAAGAAAUUCGAUUCGUCAGUCUCUUCAUUCGUUAAGAUCAGUGGGUUCAACUUCAGGUUUCUCUGAGCUUCCUUAUCGUCGCAAACCAAUAGCGCGGCCAAUUCGAGAAAAAAGAGUGGUCCUGGUACCACCGAUUCAGACGAAACAGUCAAAUGAUACGUUAAAUUCGAGAAGUCUCGACUAUAAGAAAAUGAACAGCGGAAGCUUAGAUUCUAUGGACAAAACGCAACUUAAUUCUUCCAUGGAAGACAACCACAGUUACGAUGUCUAUGAGGCGCAUAAUCCGCGUUAUUCUCCAAGUACCAGUGACUUUAAGGGAGUAAAAUAUCCUGGACCCGGUGACAAUCCAGUCUUCGAUUUAGCCUAUCGAAACGAAGGUUUCAGAAAUCAUUCGACAUUCACAUCGAGGAAUAACAGCAAUUGGCCAUCGGAGGUAAAUAGCGUAGUGGCGCCAGACGACGUUGUUCCGAAUCCAAUAAUAAAUGAUUCGGCCUAUUUAAACAAUGCUUCCACACUCCCAUUAAAUUCUAGUCUCGCAAUGACUGAUUCGAUAACAGAACUUAAACGUGAUAUUGAGACGGGACAAAGCUUCACUCCUGUCGAUUAUAAUGCAUACGAUAGAAGUCCAUUAACUCCAAGUUCGGAACCAGUGCCGGAAUAUUUUAGUCCGCCACUUCCGCAUCCCUAUUAUUACGAGGAUCGUCCAAGGAGCGAAGUUCUCCUCGAGACGAAUCUCGAUAAUAACGAGGAGAAGCCACUUCGCUCGAAGAGUGAAGUUUUACUCGAGACAAAUUUCGAUACAUUUUUACCAAACGAGCCCACUGAGCUCACACAACUUUCCUCGCAGGCAAGAAGUAAAAGUCAACCACUUGAAACUGCGAUGUAGUAGAAAAAAUAAUUUACUUCUUCAUCUUUUUUUUGUACAAAUUUUAUUCAAUUCUUGCGAGUUCUUCUUAGCACUCGAUGAUGGAAUUUUUCUUCUUUUGUUGAAAAAUUCACUGAGAACUCGAGAGAGACAGCUUUAAACAUUUUUCAAAAUUUUCAAAAAAUUCAUUUUUUCAAAAUUGAUAUUUAAUUAAAAAUUUUAUAUUUAUUCAAAAUUUUAUAUAACUCCAAGUUUAUUAAUGUUUAAAAAUUUGAUUAUUUAUUACUAUUUAAAUAUUUAUUUUUGACUUUGCUUUUGAUUUGAAAGAUUUGAAAAUCUUAAAACAAAUCAGAGUCAAAGAAAGACAAUUUUUCAAAAAAAUUGUAUAAAUGGAAUAUUUAUUUUUAAAAAUUAGAAUUCAAAGAGAUGAAAAAAUGGAAAUAGUCAAUAAGCAAGAUAAAUAAAAUAGUGUCAGUAUUUUUUAUUUUUAGAUUACAGAACAAAUUUAAAUUUUCGUAAGUUUAUUAAAAUUAAAAACUAGUAUUUUGUAUUUUUAAAUUUAAAAACAAGUUUUGGAAAAU